AUGUUCGGACCGUUUAAAGCAUCUCAACCACUGUUAGGUGGUUUACUAUGGAAAAUACCUUGGAGGCUCUCUGCUCCAAGAAAGCAGAGACAAAGAAAGAGGCUUAAGGCUGUUGAUAACGUUAUAUCACAAUUGAAUCUUGGACUUUAUAUGAAAAAAGCCCUAGAAGAGGAUCCUAGCAAGACCUUUAAAGAUGUUUUUACCAAAAAAAAAGUUGUUGUUAAUGAUGUGGGUGUAUUGAAACAACUAAAUGAUCCAUCCAUCUUCCCUUCCGAGGCUCAGAUGUCUAGUAAAGACAAAUACACUGUAUUCAGCAAACAUUCUAGAGGGUAUAGAAAAGGUAUUCAUAAAGUUCCAAAGUGGACCAAGGUAUCUCAUAGAGUAAAUCCAGACAACUUCUGA